ACUUAACCAGGGCGAGAGAAAAAGAAAGGCGCCUGCCUCGUCUUGUCGCCGGCCUCAGUCGUCUCCCUCUCUCUACCCUAGCUCGCCCACCCCGCCGCCCUUGCUCAUCCCAACGUGCCGCCCCGUGCUCCUCCCCAACGUGCCGCUGCUCCUUCCUAGCCUUCGGUCCAACUGUACACCCCCCUGGCGCCGCUCUCCCUCAACGACAGCUUCAAUUGCGGCUCGACGGUGAUCCAGCGGCGGCGGCAGCGACAUGGUCGAGCGGCCGCGGUGACAGACGACGGCAAAGACACCCUUGGAUUUCAGGUGCCCCUUCUCGUUCUGAAUGGCAGACCUAACGGACUUGGGCUGCUGUAGUUGUUUUAGCUUUUUAAGGAAGCCCAGUGUAAAAGUAGGUCGACCUAGGGAGACUGAUGGCAUCUUAUCCCAAGAUUUGUUGAAGCGUCAAUCUAGUGAAGAUCUUGAUGGGAGCUUCUACACUGGAGAUGAUCCUGACAGAAGCUUUUACAAUGGGAAUGACCUUGAUAGAAGCUUCUAUAAUGGAGAUGAUCCUGAUAGAAGUUUCUAUGACAGAGAUGGUACUGAUUAUGUUCAUGAAAGUGACGACGAGCCGCCACGGAAGAGGUCUGAAGAUAUUAUACUGUCAAGAGCUCAGAGUGGCUUUGCAUGCAGAGAAAGCCUAGUAAAGGAGACUAAAAAAGUAUUUCGCUCAGAGGACGAACUUGGUAAUAAGAUGAUCAAUCAGUAUGUCCACCUGGGCAAGAUUGGUGCUGGAAGCUAUGGCAAAGUGGUUUUAUACAGAAACAUAAAAGAUGGGAAGCUAUAUGCAGUGAAGGUAUUAAAUAAACCUUACAUGAUGAAAGUACGUGUUGUACGGUCAGAAACAGCUAUGUCAGAUGUUCUUCGUGAAGUAUCCCUCAUGAAAAUGUUGGAUCAUCCCAAUGUAGUUAAUCUCAUCGAGGUGAUUGAUGACCCAAACACAGAUAAAUUCUACAUGGUUCUUGAGUAUGUUGAAGGAAAAAUGGUCUGUGAUAACGGUUUAGGAGAAGCUACUUCCAGAAAAUACUUGCGGGACAUAAUCGCUGGUGUUAUAUAUCUUCACUCUCAUAACAUCAUUCAUGGUGAUAUUAAACCAGACAAUCUCUUGGUCACAAGUACUGGCAACGUGAAGAUAGGGGACUUCAGUGUUAGCCAGAUUUUUGAGGAUGAUGAUGAUUUGCUUUGGAGAUCUCCAGGCACUCCUGUUUUCACUGCACCAGAGUGCUGUCAAGGUUCUGCGUACCAUGGUAGAGCAGCUGAUACAUGGGCAGUCGGUGUUACUCUAUAUUGUAUGAUUACUGGGCACUAUCCAUUUCUAGGAGAUACUUUGCAGGAAACAUACGACAAGAUCGUCAAUGAUCCAGUGGAAAUACCUGACGACAUGAACCCCCAACUUGCUGAUUUACUGCAAAAGAUUCUCUGCAAAGAUCCAGGAGAUCGUAUCACCCUGCUGGCUGCGGCUGAGCAUCCUUGGGUUGCAGGGGACGAGGGGCCAGUUCGUGAAUACUUUUGUAGAUGUGGUUUUGGCCGCAGGAAAAGAAUUGAUUUUCAGGAAACAGUGCAAUAGCAAACCGGUCACUGGGUGGGUGUAGUGUAUAGAUAACUGAUAAAGAGUGUCAAAGCAAAUCAAGUGAGAUGGAUGACGACUGACAAGGCGUUUCUCUUUGUUUUCUCUUUCCCUUUUUCCAAUUGAGUUAUUUGGUGCUCGGCUGAUCAUCUCUCCUCAAUUUUGGGUACAGAAUAUAGUGGAAUGCUAUUCCCUGUUCUUCAGUUUUUCUGUUACGAUAAACAUCAGUGUCAAUCUAGAUGUAUGUCGUGAUGUAUGUGCAAUUUCUUGAAUCCAGUAUAGUGAACGCUCAAAAGAGGCAAUACAUUACACUUCUUUC